GUCUCGAGGACGGGAUGAGAUGAGGAGAUGAGAGGGAAGAGGAGGAGGAGGGCUGAAUGACGGAGCGAUAGACAGGAGAAAACAGGAGAAUAACGGCGUAUUAUUAUUUCAGAGUCAUGGAUUGUGCGAUGGAAUAAGGAUCGGAAUCAACAAGAAUGCGUCAUUAAUAUCCUUCCGCAAAUUAGACAUUAAUUAUAUCCAGGAUGUGAUCCCCAAAUGUUUACAAACUUUUAAGACAAGCAUCAACCUAAAAAUCAGGACUUAAAAGCUAUUCCACCAUGCACCCCUCCUCUCGUCCCUCUGUGCCCCCACGUACCCGCAGGUUUGACAAUAGGCGCACAGAGCCAAAACCAAGUCAAGGGGCCAAGAGGGAGGACAAAAAUAUGAACACAGGAUCUUCAUCCCCUCGUCGUGGCACUCGAGGACCACCCGAGUCUUCCAGGUUAAAAGGCCCUGGUCAAGGUGCAAGGGCCCCAGUGGUUCAGUCCAAACUGACUCGGCCAGUGAGGAAUGGUGCUCACGCAAUACCAGCAGUCUCAAAACCAAAAAGUGGGCGCGCUGUAUCAAACCUAGCCCCAGCUGUGGACCCAAAUUGCAAUGAGCCCAGCCUUCCUUGUCUGUGCUGUGAUGGCCAUUCACCUCAGGAUAGCAACAGCCUUUUUAAUCACAACCAUAACAACAAUAACACUGUAAACAUCAGGCAACAAAUGAAGAUACCGCCACCAUCUCCUCCGAAUGAGUUGCCUUUUCCAAAACAAGAAACUGAAGACGAUAAGUGUGAGCCAGAAGUAAAACAACCUGAUGACUUACCUUUCCCAGUGGAGGAGAAAGAGGAGGAAAAUGGUAAUGUGGAUAAAAAAGAGGGCGAUGACCUCAAAAAUGAUGACUGCAGUGUAAACGUGAUUGGCAAUGUUGAUGUGAAUGGCAAUGGCAAUUGUGAUGGGGAUGAUGAUGAAGAUGACGAUGAAGAUGAUGAUGAUACUCUUGUUCCUUCUUGCUGCAAUUGCCCAGAAUCCAUGCUGGACUUCUCUCUCACAUCUUCUACCUCAUCUUCUUCCACGUCCAUUAGUAGCUGCUCAGAUCUGGAGUGUGACUGCCCUGAUACAUUUUCAUUGUCAUCCCAGGACCAAGAAGGCCCAGAAUGUUAUCCAUCUUCUUGUUCCCCACUCUCCAGCUGUCCUUCCUUUCAGUCCAAUGCCAUACCAUUGGAUCUCAACCUUUCUGCAAGAUCACCUUGCUCUUCUGAUGAAGGCUAUCCAUCAGCACCUUGCUCUCCUUCUGACUACACAGAGGGCAAGUUUUCAGAAGAAGAAAAAUGUAUUAAAGUGGAUCUUCUCCAUUUUUUAGACUCCAUAGAAGAGUUGGGUAAAAUGGAUUUGUUCUACCGCAUUGUUAGGCUGGCACAUUGGCAACUUGAUGGAGAACUGAUUCUCAGAGAUAGGUUGGACCACCAGCAGAAGCUUCAAAGGGUCAACAAAGAAGUGAAGUUGGCUUAUUUUGUGAAACUUCAAGAAGAAGGGUUCAACUUUGGCGAUGAGGAUAUCACUGGAGUUUUGGACGAAAUGGGCAACAUUGACAUUCCAUGGAAGUUAUAUAAAAGCAACAAAUCAAGUGACUCCCAGGAAUUUUCUGAUGCUGGGGUGGAUCUGACAGCUCCUUCUGACCUUGAUGAAACUGCUUCCUCUGAUUCACUUGCUCCAUCACCAUUAGAGCCUCCUCCCCGUCCCCCAAAGCCUCCAACAAGGCAUGUGAGUGUUCAGCAGGGAUCACACACUUAUGAGAACAUCAGUGGGCAUACCUUCUCAGCCCCAUCCACCAAUAAUGCUACUUCUUUCUCCACAAGUGUCCCUGUUCCUUCCAUGGCAUCUACAUCCCCAGCCUUGAAACCUCCUGCCCUUCCGCCUCCACCAUCACAGCCUGUGCCCUACUUCUCUCUUAAUUCAGACAGACCUGCUCACUCCUCCCCCACACCACCCAUCCCUCCACCAAGAAGACGUCAUAAAGCCCGACUAGAGGCUCAAAGACUUGCUGAACUUGAAAAAGAAAAGACUCCUCUAUCCCUUCCACCUCCAACGUCAAGACCUCCUCCGUUGCCACCACCACCUGCUAUGUCCUCUCCCCCAGCUAUCCCACCUCCACCAUCAAUCCCACCGCCUCCAUCUUUUCAUGCUCUGGAUGUGGAAAUCCGAAAGUUGCUUGCACUAGCAGGACUCACCCAAGCUGAAUUGCUUAAACUUAGUCCUGAAUUGGGUGUUUGUGUAGACGUAGUUGUGGAUAAUGAACAGCAUCCAAUGUCUGAUGUCUCACAAAUUGGAGAAAUCAGUGCAAACAGAGCACACAAGGAAGACAGUAUGGAUAAGCGGUUACAUUGCAGAUUGAGGGAAGAAACCAGAUUUGGGAAAGAUAUACAGAAGGUAGAAACUCUAAGUGAAAACGAGAUUUCUAAAGACGGGCAGAAAGAAGCUUACAGGACAACAUCCUUCACAGAAAUGGCAAGACGACGAAAGAGAAAUAGUGGAAACUGUAACCAAAACUGCAACUGUGGUUUUGGAUCUCCCAACUUGUAUUACAGCACUGAUCUUAGCAAUACAAGCAUCCCAAAUGUUAGCUUUGGAAGUUUUGAUUAUACUUCAGUGAUUUCAGACACCCCACCUCCUCCACCUCCACGACCAUUACCCCCUUGCCCACCAGUUAUUUCCAAUCCUCCUGAACUUCCCCAUCUCAAGCCAUGCACUCUACCUGCCAAUGCAUCACGACCUGAUCGAUUUGAUUGGCUGAUAGCCUUUACCCCAGAUAUUGAGCCACCACCUACUGAUAUGCGAAAACCAUCCAAUGAUGGCAUGUUGCCAAAAGGCUCAAUUUCAGGCCCAAAAGUCACCACUUUUAAAGAAUUACGCAAUAGAAGCAAACAGAGCUCCCCACCAGCUCCUGUUCAACCAGAACCUGAUCCAACAGUCAUCACUCCAGACCCUGAUUUCUUGUACAACCUCAAAUGGAGAAGAGAGAAGACAGAUGGAGAUGGCUGGGAAUAUACUUCCCAAGCACAAGCCUCUUUUCUUCAGCCUCCGCCAACUCCUGCCUCAUUGUCCCUCUUUAGGGAAAUGUGCCGCCUGAAUAUACAAGAUGAAUGCAGAGCCGAUCCUAAAGUCUCCCAACAAAUGGGCUCAUCAGUAAGUGAAGGCAGCCUUAGGACUAUUUGUGGUGAUAAAGCUGCUCACACCAAAAAGAUUCAAAAUGAAGAUGACCUGGAGGUCAGGGGAAUGGCAGAUGGAGCAUGGACUUUGGAGUCCAGGACAACAGUGUCCUCACCACCCCUGUCCCUUUCCUUGACCUCACCUUAUUACCUGCACUCUGCUUCCCUGUCACAAGCCUCCCAAUUUUAUCACACUGACACUACCAGUGAUCACGCCAUGUCCUAUUAUGAGGGUUCCGUAAACAUCUCGAAUCCCUUAUGCAUAAAUUCCACUUUUGACUGCAGCAAACACGACUAUACUGACUCCCUGUACUCCGCCGGCCCGGAAAACAAUACAUUUUUGUUCUGUAAACAAGAAAAUGGUCUCAGUGGUGGCAUGGAUUCUCAGUAUCACCACUGUUAUCAUGCUGACAGCUUUCUAGAUUCUUUAUACGUCUGUGGGCAUGAGCCUGGUAGUGCAAAAAACAGCUUCUGCCCUGUGUAUAACAAUGAAGUUGAUUCAAUCAGAAAUGACGGUUCACUCUACAGUGAUAGUAGAUACUUAGGAAACCCCCUGAAGCUGUUCACUGACCCUGAACCACCGACUGACAUUAACACACUCACUGAAGGAGACAUAACACCUUACAAAAACAUCGACAUGCAGACUUACAUAACAAUGCGAAACCUUAAAAAUAAGAGCAAUGCGAAAAAAUCCACUUAUAAAGAUGCCGACUCGCUUUUUGAGUUGAACUCGGGCAACAUUAAUGAUUCAAAACCGUCUAACAAUCCAUUUUUUGACAGUGGUGAACCCACAAAACAGGACAAACUUGUAUCUUUCCCUGCCUACUACCUUUAUAACCCUAAAAACUGUCCCUUGCAUAAAGGCGCCCCACCACGGCUUUCCCCCGUAGGUGCGAUCUCUCCUCCCCACAGGUCCGGGCCUCCAGUUCCAGGCACAGAUGUUGCCCGUCUCUGUUCACCCCUUUUCCCUCGCAGUCACACCAUUCCCGCCCUCGCUGCUCCCCUUUAUUACCCUUAUCUGUACACCCCCCCUGUUGAAGCUCCUGUGCGGGAGCCACCGGUCCCCAUACUUCACUCUCUGCAGAGUCCACCACCGCUCACUUUCACUGUCCGCAGCUUUUCUUUUGCCGGAUCUGAGCAGAAGAAUGGGGCCUGGAUGGGAGAGGAUGUGAGGUCCUCAAUGAGUGCUGAAGGGCUGUCUUCUGUAUGCCUGCUAGAAAAGAAAACUCUUGUCAAUUCAGUCAGUGUGGCAGUGGAGGCCAUUUUGGCUCAGUUCAGUUCAUCCAGGACUGUUGUUCAGAAGUUUCACUCAGUAGAUAAGAGCCUUUCUGGAGACAGCAGUGUAAAUCCCUCUCUUGGUCGUCUGGUACUGCAGUGCCUUUGCCCAGCCCUGCGCAGCCUGCUCUGUGAUGGACUCAAGCCCCACCAGAGUGACCUCAUUGCAGGCAGAAGGCCAAAUUCACCCUGGGGUUUGGUUCAGGCCUCCACCAAACCAGGCCCGAGCACACAGGCUUUGCACAGCCUUCAGACUAAAGUAGCAGGUCUUCAUCAGCUAAGGCAGAGCAGGCACAGAUUCAACGCCUUCCUGUUUGGCCUUCUCAAUAUCAAGCUUUUGGAUUAUUGGCUUUCCCAUCUGCAGUCUUGCAGCGAUGUGCUGGAAACUUUUUAUCGGCCUACUUCCUUCAUGCGUCUGUCACUCACUUCUUGUCAGUCUCUUUUUGAGGAGCUUCUUCUCCUGCUCCAGCCUCUUUCUCUGCUGACCUUCAACCUGGACCUGCUGUUUCAGCAUCAUCACCUAGACCCUUCUUCUCCAACUCUCACCCCAGCCAGCCACACGUCUGACAUAUGCAGCCCACCAAAUGAAGACUUCAGCUUCCACCUGUCACCCAAGGGCCUUUUCCAUGGAGGUGUCCAUCGUACUGGAAGCAUCUUAGAGCAAGACCACAGUUUGAGUUUGGACACCAACCCUAAUUCGUUUUUUUCGAGUCAUGUUCUUGAUGUGUCAGCAUAUCGCAAUCCAAUUUCUCUGUCAUCAGGCAUCAACAAAGAGGAAGCUGAUCCGCCAUUAUCAUGGUUUAACGGGAAUGAGAUCUCUGCACCUCUUAAUGCUGGAAGUCUUUCCCAGCAAGCGGGCCAGGCUCUUCAGCAAGGCUGGGGGGCAGUCAUGCGCUUGGGGGAGCGUUUAGGGCAGAACUUUGGUUUGGCCACCACUACAGAGAAUGCGAAUGGUCCUUACUCACCAGAUAAUUCCAAGACAGGCUACUCAGCAACACCAAGAAGCCCAGUUGAAAACAGGCAACAACCUAGAGAGGAUCUUUCCCUGUGGGAUAGUGGAGCUGCUAUUCCUUGGGGUCUUGGACGGCUCUUUGGUGCUUCUAAGAGCCCCAACAACCCACCGACCACCAGGCGCCCAUCUCAGUGGCUCUCCCCUGGUGUAUCCGUCCUUUCCCGGAUAGUGAAUCUUAGCCAGGGUUCUCCACCUGAGAAAAGAGAGCUUCAGAGAAGCAAUGAUAAAGAGCAAGAUGAGAAUGAAAAUAUUAAUGAACCAAGAGAUCAGCCAAAGCCCCUAAGGGUGGUCAGAACUCUGUGUGAUCACACUGGCACUGGGGCCGAGCUCAGCUUCAGGAAGGGAGAGGAGCUUGUUCUGUUGGGGGGUGUCGACCACGACUGGAUUCGAUGUCGCCAAGGUCACCGAGAGGGCCUUGUUCCCAUUGGUUAUGCUUCACUUAUCAUGUGACUUAUCUUUAUUCUGCCUGUAUGUUUGUGUGAAAGAAUAUCAGGGGAUCACAUAUACGGAAAACAAGACCAUAUAUAGACGUAGGUAUUAGUAGCCGUGUUUAAUGUUUCUCUUUGACCCUCAUUGCCUGGUUUGUGAAGUCUGGAAUAUUUUCUGUGAUAUAUAAAUAUAUAUAUAUAGGAAAUAACUCGCUAUGAAUUACUGUAUAAAUCUUAAAUAUAUAUUUAGAUUUUACAAAGAUAGAUAGACAGAUAAACAAGAAAUAGAAAUGGCUAAUACUUAAGAGUCAAGUUUAACAUGAAAUAAAAUCAUCAUAUUGUAUUUAUUAUUAGGUGUUCUGCCAUACAAAAAACCCGGCUUGGCCAGAAAUGCACUUAAAAGCUCACUGAAAAGUUAUAGAAGAAACUGUAUAUUCAUAAAAGCAUUUCAUUAUAAUUUUAAGUUCAAUAAAACAACCAAUAUGAAUAUGCAAAUGCUUUUUUUACAUCUGUAAAACCCCUUAAAUUUCUUGUCCUAUCAUCAGCCCAGUGAUGUGUGGUAAAGAUAAGCAUGACUUUAUUAGUGCAAAGGCAUGAGUUUUGGGGCUGCGUUAGCAAAUAAAUGGAAUAUUUAUUCAAGAUAACUGAUAAAACAAUUAAUAUUUUGGAUUUUUUUAUUAUAAUCAAGCUAUUUAAAAAGGGUUUAUUGAUUAAUCAAUCUAUAAACUAAUUGCUUGACCAUUUAUUCCUCAAAAGAUGUAUACUUCUGAAUUAUACACCAAAAAUGAAUACAUGAGUUUUUGGUGUUGCCUGAAGAUUUCUUAAUAUACACCCCUUUAUUACCUCACUUCCCCGAAAAAAAGAAAGUUCCUCUUUAAAUACCGUUAUUAAUAGUCUCUUAUUGUUAUUAUUGUAACUCUCAAUGGUAACAGUCAAAUAUAUUAGCGUGAUAGUGUGUAGAUGAUUCUUUUAUAUUUCUUACUGUGUGAUGGCUAGUGUGGUAAGAUCUGUAUCACCAUGAGCUUGAUAGUGACUAUGCAUAUUCUGUUCUGUACUGUUUAUGAGGCUUGUUGCUGGGGAAAACGUAUAUAUGAUUGAAAGAAUUAAUGAUUUUCUUUUGAAUAGAUAUUCUGCAUCAGUAUACUGCUUUGUCGGAGGGUUUACAUGCUAAACCUGCAUGUGUGUGUGUGUAGCAAAUGUCAGGUAAUCAUCAAUAAAACUUUAUAAGCACUGAUACACUCAGCUAAACUACUAAUGCUAAAGAUAUAAGCCAUGAUUUUGGUGGCUGCAGAUGGAAAGGUGAUUUAAAGUGCCCCUUUUAUGCUUUCUUUUGGUCUCUUGAGGUGUGUCCCAAAUUGCAUAACUAUCCACUAUCCUAAGUCACUUCGUAGCAUAAAUAGAGCAUUCACACUGUAAUAAGUGCACUCAAAAGGACUGGAUGAUGCACAUAUUGAACCGAUUAAAAAAGUGUGGAAUGUUGAAUAUUUCAUGCACUCAGCGGCUGCAGAUUUGCUCAUGUAGCGGAAAAGGAGGAGCUAUCUGACGCUGAGGUCCCAUUGGUGAAUGGCUGUACUCAUGAUAGGAGCUAUUUGGUAGUUUGGUCAUUUAUAUCACUACUUUCAGCAACCGUUAAAAGUUGAAACAAUGAUGAUCCAUUUAGGAUGACCUUAAACUCAUAGCUUACACUACACGGUUGAGUUAAUAGCAUAUAGUGUGUAAUUUGGGUAACAGCUUUUGUUUACAUCUAUUCAUGUUUAUAUAGUUCAUUCAAGAAAACAGUCCACAUUUUUUAUAAGCCUUCUCUUUCUAAUUGGUCAAAUGAACCACUCUGCUAUGAUUGGUCGAAUGUUUGCUGUUUAGUUAACAUAUCUGAAUUAGAACUUCUGAUUAAAUUAUUUAUUAUAUCAA